CUGUGCAUGACUUGUCUGCGAUGUUUGUACUGAUAUCCUACAAUUGCAUCCUCAAAAAAUGGUACACCGCCUGUAGGCAUGUGUUCAGAAGCUAUGAACAUACAGAGACUGUUUGUAUGUAAAAAAUACGCAUGAAGAAAAGAACAUGUUCCUGUGUGCUUGAAGAGACCAGCAGUGUAUAGGAGGAUUUUGUUGUUUGUAUAUUUGCCAUCACUUUGUCAACUUUGCAAAGAUGAUGAAAAAGGCAAAAGGAAAGAAGGUUCAGCAAUCUGAGGGAAAAAAGCCCCUUGCCAGAAAGACUUUGCCUGCCAGGUUUGAAGAAUAUGUUGAUAACGAGGCUAGGCCAACCAUUCAGGCUCUAGCAAAUCCAGAGACGUAUGAGGGACCACAAAAUGAGUUAUAUGCAUUGCCAACAACGGAAGCUCCAAGCAUUCAAUCAGUUUCUAAAGCUGACAAUGUCAUUCAACAUGCUCCACAGAGACAGUUAGGUCCUCGUGUUGAACCAUAUGCACCAGUGGAUUUCUUUUCUGUGAUGGAAAAGAACAAUGGUGUUUUUCCACCCCCCGCCAGAAAGCCUGUAUCGCGAUCAGUAAAGCAGAGUGACAUCUACAAGGAGGACAUAGGAGACAAGGAAUUUUACCCAUUAUCAAAAGCCCUGGCAAGAAAAGCAACUCUUGUUAAAUCCAAUGGAACAGACUUCUCCCUUGACUUCUCCGGCAUGUACCAGCUAACUGACUUCGCACUUUUCUGCAUGUUGAAAGCCAACAAUUCAGCCAAGUGUAGCAUGGUAAAGAAAGCAAAUUUAACAGGCUGUCAAAACAUUACUGAUGUCGGCUUGGCUUGGUUUGCAGAGAUGUGCCCUGAUAUUGAAAACGUAAACUUGGUGGGAUGCAGGCUGAUAACAGAGACUGGAUUGCAUAGGCUGCUACAACAUUGUAAGAAAUUGAAAACACUGGACAUAACAGGUACAAACGUUGCUAUUCUACCUCAAGCUGUGGCUGACAUUGACAUCAACACAACUGGAUACCCUGUAAUAUCUCCUAGUCUUGAAAUUUUGGCUUCAAAGGGUAAAGAAAUUAUGAAAGCUCCAAACUUCAAGAAAGACCCAAAUACUGACAUUAUGAAGAUCUGCGUUGUUCAUGGUCCACAAGGAUCCCACAGUCUGGUAAAACACUUGACCAAUGCAAAGGAAAAGACUUCAGAUCCACUAGAGAUUGCCAAAGAUUUCACAAUUAGCGCAAGAUUCAAAGCCAAUAUCGUGGAAUGUAUUGAGUCUGUGAGUCCACUGCUGGUAACGAAGCGCACACUGUACAUCUUCACAGUGGAAUCAGGGGAGGACCCCAAACUCAGAGCUAAGGAAAUAUUUGGCCAUAUUUGCCUUAUUCUUUCAAAGGUCAAGAGUGCUGCGUUUUUAGUUUGUUCCCUGCAUGGCAAAAAUGAAAAGUCAUCUGCGGAUGAAGUGUUGAAUGCAGUUAAAGCUGAUGCCAAAAAAUACAGCACUUCUUUACAAACUGAGCUCAACAGCGAUCUAAAGACUGCCACCACAGAUUUAACUUUUGGAAACACCGUCAUCCAGCAGAAGGCAAUGGGUUCGAAGGCAGCAUUGACUGAAGCCUUGGCCAAACUCUACGUUCAGUCCAUGGAGGUUGAUCUAUCUACACCAUACUCAGCUAAGCAGGAAAUGAAAGCUGUGGUUUCUGGUCUGGAGAAGGUUUGUGAACUGUAUCCAGAGUACCAGGAAAUGGGUCAACCACUUCAUAUCUUUCUUACGUCGGAUAAGAAGGACAAAAUGAUAGCCAAUGGAGUCCUAUCGUUAUCGUCAGCCCCUGCGUCCAUAGAAAAGCACAUGGAACUACUUGGAACAACAGGUAAUGCAAUAUCCUUAAAACUAGUCGAUGAAACAACACCAAUUUGGUGCUCAGUUGAGUGGCUAAGCAAUGUGCUCACAGUUGCGUAUAGUUCACCCUCCAACCCGAUCGGUCUUGUGGGACUGAACAGUGAUGUUAGCUUGUGGAGGACUGACGAUUUAAAGAAGAAGCUUGUAAGCUCAGGAUUUUCUUCAGACCAGGCUAUGCUUGCUUCCCAGUUGCUGAUGAGGGUUGGGUUGUCAUCUUAUCGAAAGAUGUUUGUGCCCACCACAUGUUUGCCAGAUAAACCGGAAUCAGCUUUGGACUAUUUCUUCCCUGAAAUUCCGCCGUAUGAAAGGCAGAAGGCGGAUUUCUACACUGUGGGUUUUGAAGUGAAAUUUGCAGCACCUAUGCCUCGAACAAUCCUUGGGCAGUUGAUGUUCCUCUGCUCCAAUCUACGAAAAUGGAUGAUGGCGUGGAAGGAAGGCGCAAUAUUCCAAGAAGGAAUUGCUGAAAGUUUGAUUGUGCAUGAUUCCGAGAAAAGUGAUGGAAAGGUGUUGAGCGUCUACUGCCACUCCUUUAAAAAGGAUAGAUCUCCUGGAGUGAUGAAAAAGAUCAAGUUCACGGUGUGGAAUACAAUAGCACAGUUCCGGAAGCUUCUGGAUUUUGUGCUCAUCUCAAAUGACCUGCCCUAUGAAAUGCAACUAUUGACUGAAGAAAAAGACGCUAUCUCAGGGAAAAGAACUGAUGUAAACUAUCUACCUGAUGCUUUAGUGAAUCCCUUGAUAAGUCAUCACAUAUAUGAGAAGGUAACUGGGGAAACUUCUGACCGGUCUGCUGAGAUAUGCCAGCUUUGUGGAAUACAGCCAGCUGCUGCAAACUUACUUUGGAAAAUUGAUGCGAUGAUUUGCAAAAACAAACCCAUUGAUGUAAGUUACACUGAUGGUCUAACUGUCAUUGAUAUGGAAAAAGAAAAGAAGUGUGAACAAAAAGGAGCUUUGUUUUCUGUCAAGGAAGGUACUGUAAAGACAGUGUUUGAUGACUGCCAUCUUUAUGGCACAAAGGGGUACAAUGGCUUCAGUGUUCAGAUCCUCAAUGCAGAAGGACAACCUGCAAUCAUAAUUGGCUUUGCAGCACUGACCGGGUACAUUGAAAUCAACUUGAUCAAGUCUAGCAUAGAUGUAUCCUUGACGGAUGGAGAUAAAAGCAUACCUAUAGACGCGACGAAGCUUCCUGUGGUUGGCGACACGGUCACGAUGCUACUUGAUCGGAAAGAAAACUCUCAAAAUCAGGAAUUGAGCAUUUACAGAAAUUCCCAGUGCAUUGGAACUGUAGAGGUUCCAAAUAAAUAUUCAGCCCAGUACAAGCCGUUUGUGACGGUGAAGAAAGCUGCAGAAUUUCAGGUUCUGCCAUAUUCAAGCCGGGACGAGAAACAAUUAAGCACUUUACACCCUGAUAUGAGGCUUGAAGCCAUUGACAAAAAGAACCCAAGUUUAUGUUGUGCUGCUACGGUUUGUAAAGUUUUCGAGGAUGGCAAGGUUCAGAUACAUUUUGAUGGCUGGGGAGAUAACUAUGACUAUGUUACUACCAUGGAUGAUCCGGCUCUCCAUCCCAUUGGCUGGAUGGAUGCAAAUAAACAAAAUAACAAGCAUUUGACUCAGAUGCUUCAAUCCCCACACCGUUAUGGCAAGCCUUUCAGCUGGGAUACAUAUUGUGAGGAAAUGGAAUGCCUGCCUGUUCCAUUCCAACUAUUUAAUGAGGAACAAGUUGGUAAAACCAGCACAUUGGUGACUGCUUUUGUUUCAUCAAGGGUAGAUGUUGCUUCAUGUCAUAGAAUACAGCACAGGGGAAGAGUGCAAGAAUUCAGCAUACUCCAGCGAUUUAAGACGUCUGACACCUUGUACGAAUUCUUCAGCGUACACAAUCGCUUCUUUUGUUUGCUACCCCGGAACUUCAGUAUGUCGAUGAUGAAGUAUCCAUCCCUCCAGUCAGUAAUGGACUAUUCUCACCAGAACGUCCAUGUACUCUGCCCUGGUCUAAAAAUGGACGUCUUGCAUUUAGUUGAUGAUGCAGGGUUUCCCCUGCCAAAUUCAGAGAUAUUUUCCAACCCCCAGAAUGCGAAGUACCUCAUUAACUGCAUUGCUGGCCUGGCGCUUCAACCGAGCGUUCUUCCGUCCUCCUGCUCCAACCUUGUUCUUGGAUAUCAGGGCGAGGCUCAGACUGAAAACAUUUUCCUCCGACUGCUGUUUAUGUACAUCAAUACCCUUGACCUCAAUGCUGGAGACCCCUCGACAAAAACAGGAUUUUCAGCAGAACUGAUGGAUGUCGUUAAUUCCGCUCUCAAAGACAAGGACGUGUCAAAGAAAUUUGUAGAUGGGGACAAUAUACGAUGCAUAGGACACGCAAAUUCCUCUUUGGCAAACCAAGAUAUCAAAGAGAUCAACCUGGCCGAGUAUUCCCAACUCUACAAUUUCUUGACAAGGAUUGACUUCCAGAACAACCAGCUGGAAACUCUCCCAGAUGAGUUCUUUACUUCUUUUGUAGUUCUGGAGAGUUUGAAUCUCUCAAAGAACAAAAUAGAGAAGCUGCCAUCGGGUAUUGGAAAGCUAAAGGAAAUAACAGAAAUAAAUGUUGCGCACAAUAAAUUAACGGAACUACCAUCCGACUUUGCAGGCUUGAAAGAAACCUUAUUGUUUCUUGACAUUUCCCACAACCCAUUGAACCAUUUACCGCACAACGUGUCGUUCUUGACCAAACUCGAAGAACUACAUGCCGAAAAUGUCGGGAACGUCGAUUUAUCGGAUGUGAUAAAAUUGAAGCAAUUGACGGUACUGAAUGUCGGUUACAAUCUCAUAAACAGUAUCCCCGAUCAGCUUGGAGAGUUGCCCCUAGAGUAUUUGAAUCUGAGUGGAGUUCCAUGGAUACCCGAAUCAAAUUAUCCAUCGAUUGUGAUGUUUACAAAGGCGUUGAGCUCCAACAAUGUUACCAACGUAAUGGGAAAGGAGGAAAUGCUGAAGUUAUUCUCAGGAGCCGACGUAGAUGAGUCAAGUGAUCUUAGUAAGCAGGAGGUUGUUGCCCUGAACCAAACAACACUGCUGAAAAAAUACCCAAGGCUUGGACUUAAAGGACUUACUUUUGAGAAAACUAAGGGUUUUCCCACGUGCAUCUUCAAAAUCCAGACAUUGAAACACCUUAUUUUGAAGUACCAUGCUAUCAGUAAUGUCCCAGAUGAAGUUAAAAACCUUCCGAAGCUAACCGAGCUAGACCUGUCGGAAAAUCCAAAGCUGAAAUCUUUAUCAGCGGAGCUCGGGGCGCUGCCAUUGAAACAACUGAACUUGAAAAAUUGCUAUGAGUUGAACACACCACCCAAGGAAAUCGUGUCUCGAGGGUUUGUAGCCGUGAUGGGUUAUUUGAAGAGACUGCGCCUGGGGUCCAUUCCCUGCAAAAGGACAAAGUUAAUGAUGGUCGGUCUCGGCGGAGCUGGUAAAACAAGCCUCGUCCAGUCGCUGAUGAGCAACAGGUAUCGGUCGUUUCAAGACCAUGACGAGCCUAUUACCGACGGAAUACAGAUCAAAAGCUGGGAGAUCCCAGUGGAAGAUGACAAGGUCACAUACAGCGUGUGGGACUUUGCUGGACAAACUGUGUAUUACAAUACACACCAGUUUUUCCUGUCAAACCGUGCUGUGUACUUGCUGCUAUGGAAUGUCCGACAGGGCUAUGAACACGCAGGCCUAGAUUUUUGGCUGAGUUCAAUAGCUUGUCAUGCUCCGAAAGCCCCUAUCAUAGUGAUUGGAACGCACAUCGACAAGGUUGAGAAAUAUCGGCUUCCAGAGGAGACCCUUUUGAACCGGUACCCGCAGAUUUCAAGUUUCCAGUAUGUUAGCUGCUUCACUGGCGCGGGUGUUGAAGCCCUCCGAAAUAUCAUCGUUAAGUUGACGCUCCAACAGAAGUACAUGGGUGAAAAAAUUCCUGAAGCAUACCUGACAUUGGAAAAGAAAAUCAUCCAGCUAAAACAGGAGAAAAAUCUUGAUAUCAUGCCUUUCAAAAGCAUGGAGAGUGUGGCUGCUACAUGUGGAAUAUUUGACAGAAAUGAGAUGGUCCAAGCUAUUCAGUUUCUCCAUGACCUGGGCGCUGUACAGUUCUUUGAUACUGAUUUCUUGCGAAGUAUGGUCGUCAUUUACCCUCAGUGGAUUGUAGAUGUCAUGGCUUGCUUGGUCACGGUUCACGAAGGAGCUGUUCAGAAAGGCAAGCUUAUGCUGAAAGACAUCGGUACCAUUUGGAAGGACUAUUCCAGUGAUUUGCACCCAUGGCUUCUCCGACUCACUGAGGAGUUUGACCUGACCUGUCCUCUUCACGAGGAAGAAGCCAGCAUUGUGCCAUGCCUCCUGCCUGAUUUGGAGCCAAAGUAUGAUUGGCCUCAUGCUGACCCGAAGAAGAACAGGAGGGAAUCCAUGAUGUUGUACAAGUUCCAGUAUCUGCCAGCAGGACUUUUCAAUAGAGCUCAGGUCAGACUCAAUCAAUAUUCCAGUGGUUCAUUGAUGUGGAAAACUGGAUCGUAUCUGAAGAAGAAUAACCACAUCGCGCUCAUGUUGCAAACUGACGAUAGGGAAGUUAUCGUGCGUGCACAAGGUUUCCGACCAGAAAACUUUAUCUUCAUCGUCCAUGAGAUGAUCGAGUCUCUCAUAAAUGAAUCAUACGCUGGUGUUAAGUACGACUUCCAAAUACCAUGCAAAGACUGUCUCAAUAUGAAUGUGAAGGACCCGAGCAUGAUGUCAUACCUCAAGGUGGUGAAGGCCCUGGAACUCAAUGUACCCUUCAUACAGUGUGACAAGUUCUUCCAUAUCUCAUCAAUUCAGGAUCUGAAAGAAUCAAUGCCUUCUGACAAACUGACCAACAUGGACAGCCACCUUCAGAGCAGUGUUAGGGAGUUGAAGGAUCUGAACACCGAGACAAAGAUUUCAACGUUCUUUAUGUAUACAAGCAAGAACGUGCCAUCUGCCGACCAAGCUGGAAACAUGGUCCACCCCGCCAAGAUCUACGAAGACCUGAGGAGUAAAGAGUUUCUGAACGUGUCGUACACAGACAGACCGGAAACAAUGGACAUGGAAGCUCUGACCUUAACCCUCAAGUCAACAUCCGUUAUCAUUGUCGGCAUGUCAGACGAGUUCUGUGACAACCCGGAAUGUAAAAAGGUUCUCUUGUACUUGAAAGAUGUCCUCCACAAGCCGAUCCUGUUAGUGUUGUUGGGCACGACGAAAAAAUGGCAAAAAGGAGACAUGAAUUAUUCUUUCGGGACAGAGGUGUAUGUUGACAUGCAGAAUAAAACGAGAUAUCCUCACAAAAUCAAGGAGUUAUACGAGGCAAUCAAGAAAAAAGAACAAGCUAAAGUUCAAAAGAAUGUGAAAAAAACUUCACCGAAAUGCUUUAUCAGCUACUGCUGGUCAAACUCCCACGACGCCGUCCUAGUGAAGAAGUCGAAGCAGAUUGAAGGUGCACUUGGUUGGGAGAAAAGUGAUCCAAGGGUAGUGAAGAGCUUCCUGGAAAAUCAAGGAGUCUCAUGUUGGUUGGACGUAGAACAAACAGGAGGGGUAGGGCUGUUUCAUUCCAUAGCUGAGGGUCUAAAAGAUGCGGAAGUAAUGGUUGCAUUCGUUUCUGACCAGUAUGUGAUGUCCAAGAACUGCGUGAUGGAGUUCAGGUACAGCUUGACUACCAAGAGAAUUCCAGUGAUUCUAGUUGUCGUAGGGUUGGGGACAGAAUGGGUUUCUUCAGAGGUUGGUGUUUUAGCCGUUGGUAAUAAAUGCAAACAGGUGUUCAUGCAAAUGGAAAAUGAAGCGGGGUACCUUCAGGUUCUAAAACUUGUUCAGGACAAUCUGAAAAACUCCAAGUCUAGUGGUGAAGAGAAACAAAGCGCAGAAUUACAAAGAAACGUGGCUUUCCAGGAGGUGCUUGAACUCACUCAGAGGAAGUUACUGAGACACAUCACCAGCAACUUCAUUAACAUUGAUCUGGAGCCAUAUCCCAAUCUCUUCGUUAUCGACUUCAUCUCUGAAAAAGAGAGGCAGCGACCACUUACCAUAUCGAAGGAAGAUUCUCAAAGUCCUGAAAGUGAAAAACGAAAACCAGAUGUUAACGUGAUGUCGAAAUCAAAAUACGUAUUCCGUCUUCUCUGCGAACAUUUGGGGGGCUGGCACAUUGUUCCCACAACAAUUCCCUUCCCGGAUAACCUUGACCCUGAAGAAGAAAAGAUGACAAUAGAAAAUGCUGCCCCCUACCUCAGUCGUAUUUACACGAUAUUGAAACAUGCAAAUGUCAAACUAGAGUGCCUGGUUACACCUGAUGGAGAAAUCUUCCAGCAGCGACUGGAAGAGAUUGGGGUGAACAGCAGCGAUUUCAAGGAGUCAUAUCUAGACUUGCGGAACACAGUGAUCAAUCAAGACAAAGCAAAAUCAUUAGCUGCUUUGCAGAGGUGUCAUGUGAAUGGCAAGAUGGUCUGGCUGUGUGACGAACACAAGAACGCCAGCAAAAGUAUGACCGAGUCCCGAUAUCAAGGCAAAAUUUCGGCGGAGCCGGAGAAAAAUAUACCGAUUGGAGACAUGCCAGAAAGCUUUGCCGGUGAAGUGGAAACUGAAUCGAAGGAAACCACGGAAACCAAUGACGGCAAAGAAAAGAAGCGGAUCUUCCGCAAGCACCUAAGUAGCCAGAAACCAAGCCUCAAUAGGCAGACCAGUCAGAUGUGCUCAGUGAUGUAAUAGACUGGUAAAAGACUGUUCCACAAGCCUUAGAAAAUUUACAAACCUUUGGCAAGUUGUAUUAAUGUUCAACAUUGUGGCUCUUUCUAGCAAAAUAAUGAGUGAUGAUAUGUUUGUAUAGCAAAAUGUGCCAAGAUUAAGGCUGUUUGUAGCGAUGCAUACAAAAUCUAAAAUAACAUAAAAAUCAUGAGGACCCUCAUGGGGUUUUAAUCUAUCUUUAACAAGUUUCUUAAAUACUCCUGGUUGUUGAAUAAAGCUUUUAUGUAGCCAGUUUAGAUAUGAAAACUCUGUAUUUACAGCUUCUCCUGGCAUUGUGUUAUAGCAGCAGACUAAUCAAAGGUUACUUUUGAUGAAUGAAGUGAAAUGGGCUGUAAAUAGGCUUUAUGAAGAAUGAAUGUCCUUCGUGAAACAUUUGAAUGUUGUUAAUAACUAAAAUUGUAUCUCUUUUGUUGUAAUCAGGUGAUGGUUUAGGGGAGGCAACUAUUUAAUUAAAGUUACACAUGUUGGACGAAAAGAUGUGCGAACAAGUAAAAUUGAAAAUUAGUUUUGAUUCUUCUCGUUGUUCUGUGUUGUUAAUGAAAUGUGUAUCUGUUAUAUUUUUUAUGUCUGUUAUCUGUAUAUGUAACAUGUAAUAUUUUGCACAAACUGAUUUUGUCUGUGACUGUUUUACAUGUUUAUGUAUCAUCAAAAGUUGUUUAUAUCAUAUACAUAUCUAAACAUUCCAACCCCAAGGUAAUAACUGUGUUUUUAAACACUUUAAAGCUAGCUAGUUUUACAUAAAAGGCACCGCCAUUCAAACUACUACAACAUAUUUUCUACUUACAUUGUAUUUAUGAUAAACCAUAUUGCUGUUUGUCAUGGCUCAUCUAAAUCAUACAGAGUAUUUACAACCAAAUAAGUUUCAUUUUUGGACUGAACCGUUUUUGUUGCUGUGAUUCUUUCCUCAAACAUAUCACUAUAUUGUCUCAUGUUAAUGUGCAAACUCAGAUGCAUAUAAAAAGUCAAAUUGAUUACGUUAUUAUACCUGUAUAAUAAAAACUACACCUGCAGGGAUGUUGUUUAGUCAUUUGAUAGUGUUUUGUCUGGAAAUUACGUAUAUACAAAAUGUCUCCUUUGUUCUGUUCAAUUUAUAUUUUAUGGGUAAGAAUGUCUUUGAAUAAAGUUGUAUAUGAGGAAUGGACGUUGUGGGAGUAUGUAAAGAUUGAAAUAAUAAUAUGAUAUUUAAAUACAAUUGUGUCAUUCUUUGCAUACUAAACACUAGUAAAUGCUGUAAGGAUUGUUUAAGGAAAUUAUGUUCAUGACUGAUAAGCAUGCAAGUUCUUAGUAUUCAAUGUAUUGUGUUGUGCAUCAUAAAACAAAAGUUAUAUUAUUAAAAAAAUGAAGUUGCUCAAACAUUGAGAAAUGCAAUACGAUAAGGAAUAUAUGGUAUGUCUUGUAUAUUCUGAAGAAUACACGUUGAGUUUUACUUCUGUGAUGAUGUUGAAUCUUUACCUGCAAACAUUCUUUAUAAUGCAAACAUUUUGUUAACUAUUCAUGUUUUUAGUUUAUUAUACAUGUUCUAUAUACUUGUCUACACAUGUGGUAUAUAUCAUACAUUCAACUUGAUGUUGUAUCUUAAGAAAAAUGAUAAUUAUUUCAAAUAGAGAAUUCCUGUAUUUUACAAGACUGUAAUGUAAUCGAUGUCCGUCCAAAUCUCAUUAUAUGUAACUGUGAUAUUGUUGUGUAACUGUGAUAUUGUUGUAAAACUUGUUUGAUUAAUAUGAUUGUACUAUGACUUUUUAAAUGUAUUCCUUCACAUCCGCAUUAUCAUUUGUGAAUAUCAAAAUCAGAUGUCUUUUCUGUCACAAAGCCCCUCACUAAUAUGAUCUUUGUUUGCAACAAUUUUUACACAAUUUUAUCUUACUGUUAUAAAAAAAACAGUAACUUAGUCCCAGAUAGCAACAACUGGGGCAUUUUACGUUUUUGUUAACAAUAGACUAUAAUUUAAAUUUCUGAUGAUGGUUAAUCAUGGUAACAAUUAUUGUGUUCACAUUUUAUAAUUAAUUAAUUUUAUUAAACGCGAUCCAGUCACUUACAUUUUUUUUUGUGUUUUCUACAAAGAAUAAAAUAAAAAUGAUAGGGACAACCAAGUAGUCAAACAUUCAGAUAUUAACUCUGGUCAGGGACACGAGGCAAGAGCACAAACGACAAUAUAUCUAUGAUAUAGUUCUUGCCGUUUUUAUAUUUAUUUGAUUAUUUAAUUUGAUUAUGUCUUAGUCAGACGUCAAAAUGAUGUUAAAUUUCACUCUUGUACGAGGAGUGUACCAACUAAGUACUGUUAUAUCUUUAAUUUGUUGUAUAUUUUGUAUUGUCUUUAUAUUGGUUUUUACUUUCAUGUACAAUAUAAGAAACGUGCAAUCAUAAUAAUUGUUUGUCUGUUCUUCUUGUUUAGUGAAAAAAAUCUCACUAUCAACACUAAUUUCUUGGAUAAUACUCACCAUGCUUGCUUAUUUAUGGAUUGUGAUGUAAACUGAUAUACAUCUGCAUUUAAAUUAUGUUUAGGCUAUUUCUACUUGUGAAAAGAAAUCGGUACAUGACAAUCAUAUUUCUUCGUCUUUCUGAAAUUUUGUUUUCAUAUUUAUCUUUAUGCAAAAAUGAUAUUAGAGAGUUUUUAAAAUUUUCAAAAUAAUAGCAAUUAAAUGUUACGUUAAAGUGGCAUUUAAUUUAUCACUGUUUUGUUUUAUAAUUGUUGUUCCACAAUUUUCGUAUGUAUAUCAUCUUUCUCGUCUGAAUUCCAUGAAAUUGUUUCUAUAUACGUAUAUGUAAGCGAUAAGUUGUUUGAGAGGUAGAAGCCAGAUUUUAAUUUCGAAACUUAUUGCUCAAGACCGGGUUUUGGCUCAAAGAAAUGUUUCAGAGCAUACUCAUGUAGAAAACUACUCCCACAUUGUUUUUUUAUACAGUUCAAGUAAAAUGUAUUUGGUGUUAAGGUCACAAUAUCUACCAUCAUUGUAUAACUUCUCAACUUUGAUAAACAGAUAUGUAUUAGUUUGCGUACACAUACACAUAUAUAUAUUACUGUACAACUGUCCUUUCCACUCACUGCAAUAAAAAUGUCUCUGAAAACCGUGUUGCUUAUCUUUCGUAUGAAACAUAUCUUAUACAUUACUGUACAACUGUCCUUUCUACUCACUGCAAUAAAAAUGUCUCU